AUGGACUCCUUCAUGUUCGACUUCGGCGAGACCAGCUACCUGCCGCAGGCGCCACAGCUCUCACCGCUGGAGAGGGCGCCCGUGGUCUACACCGACGCGUACGCCAAGGCAGUGGCCCAGUUCGGUCCCAUGGCGAGGCUGCGCUCCGGCGUCGAGAGCCAGCGCCUGCCCAAAUUCUUCCACAUGGACGCGGUGGACACGGCGUGGAGCGCGCAGAACGGCCUGAAGACGCUGCUGCCCAAGCUGCUGGAGGUGAGCCUGCAGGGCUACCCCUUCGUGAUGCCGGAGAGGGUGGGCGGCAGCGCCAAGACGGGCGUCAUCGCCACUCGCGAGCUGUACAUCCGCUGGCUGGAGGCCAGCGCCUUCAUGCCCGCCGUCCACUUCCGCACCGUGCCCUGGGACUACGAGAACGAGUCGGUGGAGCUCGCACGCAACCUGACGGCUUUGCGCGCUCAGUACGGUCCGAAUAUCGUCGAGCUGAUGAAGCAGGCAGUGGAGGACGGCACUCCGGUCAACCGGCCCAUCUGGUGGCUCGACCCGACAGACUACACCGCUCUCAAGAUCAGCAACGAGUACCUGCUGGGCGACGACCUGCUGGUGGUGCCGGUGACGUAUCGUACGGCCACGAGGCGCGACAUCUACCUGCCCAAGGGCUACUGGCGGGACGAGGUGGACCCCGAGCACCCCACCAUACGGGGCCCCACCUGGCUCUACGCCUACCCUGCGCCACUCAGCACUCUGCCCUACUUCACCAGGGUCAGCUCCUAG